CUCCCGCUGGAGGUGUGAAUGACAGAGGUGGUGCCAUCCUGCGCCCUCAGCGAGGUCAGCCUGCGCCUCCUCUGCCAUGAUGACACAGACACUUUGAAGCAUCUGUGUGGCGACUGGUUCCCCGUCGAGUGCCCAGACUCAUGGUAUCGUGACAUCACCUCCAACAAGAAGUUCUUUUCCCUUGCUGCAGCCUACACGGUUACCAUUGUAGGAAUGAUAGCUGAAAUAAAAAGUAGGACCAAGAUACACAAGGAGGAUGGAGAUAUUCUAGCCUCCAACUUCUCUGUUGACACACAAGUUGCAUACAUUCUAAGUCUGGGAGUAGCGAAGGAAUUCAGAAAGCACGGCAUAGGUUCUCUUUUACUUGAGAGUUUAAAGGAUCACAUAUCCACCACUGCCCAGGACCACUUCAAAGCCAUCUACCUGCAUGUCCUCACCACCAACAACACAGCAAUAAACUUCUACGAAAACAGAGACUUCAAGCAGCACCACUAUCUCCCCUAUUACUAUUCCAUCCAUGGGGUCCUCAAAGAUGGCUUCACUUUUAUCUUCUACAUCAAUGGUGGCCACCCUUCUUGGACCAUUUUGGACUACAUCCAGCACCUGGGUUCUGCUCUGGCAAACUUGAACCCCUGCUCCAUCCCACACAGGAUUUACCACCAGGCCCACAGCCUGCUCUGAAGCUUCCUGCCAUGGUCGAGCAUCUCCACCAAAGGCGGCAUUGAAUACAGCCGGACCAUGUGAUGCCAGCCGGGCAGCCUCCAACAGGUCCCACCCCUUGGCGCCCUCUGGAUCUCACCUUCCUGGCCAUUUGACCUCAACUGUGUUCUGCAGAGGAGCUGGCCCAUCACCUGCCCCAGCUGUAGGCCCAGUGCUACAUGGGCUCAGGAGUAGAGUGUCGUGGGGCAGGUAUGCCCGGGCUCCAACAGGCUCUUCCAGCCCUCCUUCCUGCUCUGGAAAUCUCUGCCCUUGCCCUGGUCUGGCCCCCAUGUGCGUGCACCAGCCUCAUAGGCUGGCCACAGUGUUCAUUGUGGUCAGUUGCUUCUGCUGCCCUGGGAGUAUGGGGGCAGGAGAGGGCUUCCUUUCCUGCACGUCCUCACUGGCCUCUUCCCCCGGAA